GGUAUCUUGGGGAUUUUCUUCAGUCCCAACACCUUCUAUUUCUGCUUGAUAAGCAUCGGCCGCUGAAUACUAAUCAGUUUCACCGUCUGCAUUGAAUCCCCCGCCUGUCCCUUUAUCCCGCGGCCCAGGGCAUAACUCUACACCGUAGUCCCCGCCAUGUGGGAACCCGCCGGCUUCCAUUCCUGAUUCUAAGAUCCGCUCCGCCAGUAUGACAUAACUAAUCCUUCACGGAGAUGCGUUUCUGUAGCUGGGAUACUAUCGGAUGGAUAUCUUUUACACAGUAAGACUUGUAUUCUGGAAUGUCCAGAAUGAUCUGUUACACACUGAUGAAGAAAAUCCUAACUUUGCCGAGCAGGGAGUCGCCGCCAUCAUGCCGAACCGGUUGAUGCCCCGAACAAGCAUAUCCCCCGAUUGCCUCAUCACCGGCACGGUCCACCAGAGCCGUGGUUCAACGGAGCUUCUGCACCAAUCUGUCCGUUGUUCCUGGUGAAAACCCACCCACACCAGCCUGUUUCGGUAAGAGCCUAGGUAACUCAAAAUGCAAUCCUCGUCUCGAGAAGCUUCUGUUUGCCUUGGGGGGCGCAAUACACAGAAGAAUCAUCCAUGAUGCUUUGUAAUCGAGAUUCCACCGCAGGAAAUAUAAACCUACGUCAGACCCUUUUGCCUCUACUCGAAGUACCUACUAAAAAUCCAAGCCAUAAUCGCAACCAUGUCCAACCAAAGCCUCGUCUUCAAGCAAAUCCCCUCCGGCUACUUCGUCCCCGGCCAGGACGUCGUCGUUGAGCAGGCCUCGUACGACGCCUCCGCCCCGGCCCCGGAGGGCGGCAUCUUCGUGCAAUCCCUCUAUGCCAGCUUCGACCCCUACAUGCGCGGCCGCAUGCGCCCCGCCCACAUCAAGUCCUACUCUCCCGCCUUCACCCUUGACGCUCCCAUCGACAGCAGCAUCAUCGCCAAGGUCCUCCGCUCCAACACCCCCGCCUACAAGGAGGGCGACCUGAUCAUCGGCUUCCUCCCUAUCCAGCAGUACAUCUCCGUCAGCGCCGAGCAGCUCCCCCGCGUCCGCGCCCUCGAGAACCCCCUCGGCAUCGAGGACCUCCGCGUCUUCAUCGGCGCCCUCGGCAUGCCCGGUCUGACUGCCUACUCCUCCCUCUACGAGAUCGGCAAGCCCAAGAAGGGCGAGACCAUCUUCGUCUCCGCCGCUAGUGGCGCUGUCGGCCAGCUGGUCGGCCAGCUCGCUAAGCACGAGGGUCUGAAGGUCAUUGGAUCUGUCGGAUCGGAUGAGAAGCUCGACUUCAUCAUCAAGGAGCUGGGCUUCGAUGGUGGAUUCAACUACAAGACGGAGAAGCCGGCUGAUGCGCUGGCACGUCUGGCCCCCGAGGGUCUGGAUAUCUACUAUGAGAACGUCGGUGGUGAGCACCUCGAGGCUGCGCUCAACGCGAUGAAUGAUUUCGGUCGUGUCGUGGUCUGUGGUAUGAUCUCGCAGUACAACGGUGGUGGCUAUCCCAUCAAGAACAUUACCAAUGUGUUGACCAAGCGUCUGGAUAUGCGCGGUUUCAUUGUCGGUGAUAAGGGCAUGGGUGAUAAGUAUGCUAAGGAGCAUCAGGAGAAUGUGCAGAAGUGGAUCAAGGAGGGCACGUUCAAGACUUUGAUCCACGAGACGCAGGGCAUUGAGAAUGCGCCCGAGGGAUUGUUGGGCAUUUUCCAUGGAAAGAACCUGGGUAAGGCUGUUCUUAAGUUCUAAGCUAGCUUAGAAUGUUGGCUAUGAUAUAGAUUACGGUAUAGAUAAUAAUGAUUAUUCA